UUGAGUGUAAAGCCGCCUCCCUACUGUCAAGUCAAACACACACACGAAACAUACGGGAGAACAUUUUCACUGUCCAUACACACUGAAUAUCGGGUUUUAUCGCGCGCUGUGAGUGUAAGUAGUGAUCUCAGGAUGCACGCGGACACAGGGGAGAAAUCCGCUUCACCCAGAAAACGGAUCGUCUCGCGCGCGAUGAGCGAGGAAGAAUCUCUUCGACACAUAAUAGAGGCGGAAGAAUCACCCAAGCGGCUAACUCGCAGAGACAGCAGAUAUGGAUCUCUCAGGAGGGGAGACACAAGAGGAAGUCAGAGUGAAGACGAGCCAGCAGAACACACAUCCAUGAUGGAGCUACAGCAGAACUAUGAGAUGUGUUUAGCAGAGCUGCAGAGUGUCGAGCUGCGGCAGGAGGUGUUGCUUUUCCAGGUAGACUGUCUCCAGGAUGCCCUUGAGGGAGCUGAGGAGAUGCUCACUGAGACCAAGAGAGAGGCUCAUCAGUUCAGCAUGGAGCUGGAGCGAGAGAGGGAGAAGAGGAGGAAGGUGGAGGAAACUGUUGCACUGCUGACGCAGGAGCUGGAGCGGUUAAAAGAGGAAAAAAUUUCAGUUCCAGCUGAAAGUACAACACAAGACCAGAAAGAAGCUGUUGAAAUGACACAAGAUCCUGCUGAUGAAGUGGAUAUAUGUGUAUCUAAAGAGACACUUGUAAACUCAGUAGAUGCGACUCCCCAACCUACAGGCUCUACAACCAGUUUUGCUACUUUUGCAGCUGCAGCAUAUCUGCUUUUCAAGAACAAAAGAUAUGAGUCAAGUUCAUCCAAACAAGAAGGAACUUCGGUGGACCAAGGAGAUAAUAAGGCACAUGCGGUUAGUUCUGAACACGCUCCCCCGGAGGAAAGCAUCCAAAAACCUCAUGAUGGUGAAGAGUAUGACGAGAGCAGUGGGUAUGAAGAUGCGCCAACAGAUUUCUCACCUGGUUCUUCAACUCCAGAUGGGCAAUCAGAUGCAGCAUUGCCAGAAGAUUCAGAGAGUGAACUGAAUAAUAGCAAUGAGGCCAGAAAUGUAAAAAAUCCAGAGGGCUGUUUUCUGUCUUAAAUUGCAAAAGUGUCGAGUUUGUCUUAAAAUGAUUUUAUAUGAAUAACCGACUUUUUUUUUUUUUUUUAAAGCAGGCCAAAGGCCAUUUUCCUGAUCUUUUAGUAAAAGCUUUAAUUGUUAAUAUUCAUAUGUACUUUGUAUAUGCCAUAUUUUUUACUGGCAUGUGUUGCUGUAUAAGGCUGGCUGUUUUUUUUGGUUUGUUUUUUAAUCACAGGAAGUACAUAUCAGAGCUUUUUGUGCUGGAGACCAGAAAUAACACUAGAUCCUCAUUCCAAAGUAUUUGAAUGAGGAUUGACUUGUUAUUAUAUUACAGAAGUUAUACAAUAUAGUCAUGACAAAAGCUAUGACUGCAAACCGAAAUCCCACUCAGUCCUCCCCUUUACAUUUGUGGCUGUUCACAAUCAUAUAAGGUUAUAAAUUCUUACAGACUUGCAACAUUAAGAUGAUCAGUCUUUUAUAAAAAAGAAAAAGACACAGCUGUCUUUAAACUGCCUUCUUAAUGAGACAUACUUACUGUAAUCUCAGGAGUUUAAAUGCUGCAUCAAAAUGUCAGGGACAUGAAACACAGCCUUAGAGCAAAGGAUUGCAGGAAAGCUGAUGUUUAAUCAUGGCAGCAAAAAAUAUAUAAAGCAUAAAAAACAACUUUGUGAUCAUCUUGGCUAUGUUUAAAUUACUAGCCAACCCCAACUCUUGGUAACCUGGUGGAAUAAAAAUAUAUAGUACUGUGCAAAAGCCUUGAGCCACAUCAAAAAUAAAAUAUGAAAUAAUUUUAUAUAUCAUAUCCAUUAAAUAAAAUUUUGUAGAUUAAAUAAAAGAAACAAGAAAUAAAGGUUUACUGUCUGCAAAGUGCCUAAAGAAUUAAAUAUAGUUGUUAUGUAACAUCCUCAGCUGCAACCUCAUUUCCUCGCUCGUCUGGUCCAACCACUCAGCUCUUAGCAUCACCAGUAUACUAAUCACCGGCCUGAUCGCUUUUCAUCAUCUGCACCUGUUUCUCACUGGAUCAUACCUUAAGUUAGAUUAUUUUUUUUUUUUUACAUAAGAAUAGGUCACUUUACGGCUUAGCAAACAAAAACAUCCAUCUAAACUGGUCAGAUACAGAGACUGGACUGAAUGUGAGACUUGUUAAAAAUUAGAGUAAAAAAAAUACUUUUAGGAAACCUGAAAAAAAAAUAUUCCUGAAGGCUACAUUUUAAAUACAACAAAGUCUGCAAGUAAAAUGUAAAGAAGUGACUUUUGCCCAGCACUGUAUAUCUUGUUGAGAAAAAAAAAUCAGGUUAUGAAAAAAAACAGCUUAUCAAGCUACUUGAAUUAAUAAGUUGUGAUGCUGGAAAUAGUUUAAUAUCUUCAUUUGAUUUAAUUCUUUUUUGGUCUCUCUGCUCAUAUUUUAUGGCCAUAGAAAGGUGUCACAAUUAUAAAUUUAUGGGCCUGUG